UGUGUCCGCGGGGUCCACGUGGGGUGACACAGCUGGGCUGCCCCCGGCUGCACGGAAGGGGGGGGGAAGGAAGAAGAAGAGACAAGAAAACCAACCCCACCCCUCAUCCCUCUCUCGCCCCCUUCCGCCCUGAUCUUUAAUGCAUACAUUCCCCCGUCGCCGCUCGCCCCUAAUCCUAUGGGAUCAGCGAGUCCGUGGAGGCCCCCCCCGGGUCCCCCCCAAGAAGUGAUGGCUUUAUAAAGGGGCUCGGAGAGAGCGGGGAUGCAGUGCCCAGCCAUGGCCUCCAAGCUCAAGGAGCGGAGGAGGACGCCGGUUUCCCACAAAGUGAUAGAGAAGCGGAGGAGGGACCGCAUCAACCGCUGCCUCACCGAGCUGGGGAAGACGGUGCCCAUGGCUCUGGCCAAGCAGAGCUCGGGGAAGCUGGAGAAAGCGGAGAUCCUGGAGAUGACGGUGCAGUACCUGCGGGCCCUGCACUCGGCGGACUUCCCCCGUGGCCGGGAGAAGGCAGAGCUGCUCUCUGAGUUCGCCAACUACUUCCACUACGGCUACCACGAGUGCAUGAAGAACCUGGUCCACUACCUGACGACGGUGGAGAGGAUGGAGACCAAAGACACCAAAUACGCCCGCAUCCUGGCCUUCCUCCAGUCCAAAGCGCGUUUCGCCACAGAGCCCCUCUUCGCCUCCCUGGGCUCCCUCCCAGAGCCGGACUUUUCCUACCAGCUGCACCCCGGGCCCGAGUGCCCCGGGCACGGCCACAGCCCCGGCGAGGCCGCGCUCCAGCCGCCCUCGGGGGGUCCCUUCCCGUGGCACGGCGCGGCCCGCAGCCCCCCCCUGCCCUACCACCUCCCCGGCGCCGCCGUGCCCCUCGCCGGCCCCGGCCAGCAGCGCAGCACCUUCCUCUCCUCCGUGCAAGGGCUGGACCGCCACUACCUCAACCUCCUCGGCCAUUCCCACCCCAACGCCUUCGGGCUGCCCCCGGGCCAGCACCCCUCCGUGCUAUAGAGACUCGACACCGCCCGAAAAUCCCUAUUUAUGACCGCGGACACUGCGAGUUACGCCCGGGCGCACGGGGAGGCUGCCGGGGACACGGAGAUGCGCGGGGGUCGCGGAGGGCGAGGAGCUCCCGCCCGACCUCCCUCCCAGGGGCUGGACCGGCCUCUCCCGCUCUCCUUCCCGCCUCCGGGUGCGGUGCCUGUACAAGCGAUGCCUUGGAAUAAAUGUCUAUACCCG